CGCCACCCAAUAAACUAAAUUAAACCCAUCAAAACAACCAACUCAGACAGAUCGCACUCGCCAUUGAGGAGGCAAUAUUCAGCAUACUACGGUGUCCAUAUACGAGACAUUCAUUUUCUGGUGGAAACCGGCAACUCGGCACGAUCCGGUCCAUAUCUGAGACCCGACCCGCAGCGUGACUCUCCACGCCACGGCGGCUAAGCUAGCUAUCAUUUGAGACCCGCCGAACAAAAGAAAAAAAUUCUGGCUGAAAAAUGGGGCCAUAAAAUUGCCCUGCUAAGUACAUGCUGUGUGGUGUAUAAACAAAGAAGUAUACGGUAUCACGCGACGCUAUUGUACAGACCGUGUCUGCGAACAUUGUACGACAAAAAGAAAAAAAAGAGAAAGAAAAUGCCAUCAAAUAAAGACCGGCUUUACGUUGCGCUGUAUGUCCGGGGAGGAGCGCCCGCCAUGCCGGACAAAGAAGACACAUACCAUUGGGCGCUUAUUCUUGGGCCCAAGAAAGAAACCGACGGCGUGAUGGGGAUGCGAUUUCACGUCAAGGAGCGGAUUCUGCCGGGCGGGCAGGGCACGGAAUGGGUCUUUGAGAACCCGCCCUGUCGGCUGGGAGCAACGAGCAUGUUGCUGGUUCGAAUCAUGGUCGGGAAGGUGAAGGACAGUCAACGGUUAACGGAGAUCCUGCGCACGACGCCUGUUCGUGGGGAUGUGGGAGGGUGGAAUUGUGUUUCCUGGGUAAAAGAGGCGGUGGAGAGGGCCCAGGCGGAGGAGAAGGUCUUGGGGAAGUGCGUGCUCGACUGGCAGACCGUGAGGGCUGCCGCGAUGGACUAUUGCCAGGAAAAGAAGGACCAGCAUCGGUUUGAUGGGCAAGGGAUUUUUGAUAUGAGUCGCGCGCCGACGUACGAUCUCAUCCAGCGGAAGGAGAGUAUCGGGUGAGGCGGGCGGGUCCGAGCGAUGCUUGGGAAGGCUGAUAGUGUUGUACAUGGCGUUGUGCUGUCGUCGGACUGUGCAUGAUGAAC